CUAUAGUGAAUCGUAAUACACACUCCAAAGCGCAAGGCGACAGUAUUACAAAAAUAGACGCGGAGGCACAACGUCAUCUCCGUGCGACGGAAAUAGUCACAGCAGACGAGAUGGCAGAAUCAGGAACGGAGAAAGUAAUCAAGCUUGUUCCUGAGAAUCUUCUUAAGAAACGCAAGGCCUAUCAGGCCAUCAAAGCUACUCAAGCCAAACUUGCUUUACAGCAGAAGAGAAAAGUCCAUAAAGGGAUACCCUUGAAGUUUAAGCGCUUGGAGGACUUUUUGAAAAACAGCAAGAGGAGGAAUCGAGAUGAGACCCGACUUGCCAGACUCAAACACAGACCUCCUCCGCCCCUGCCCCCUGCAAAGAACAACCUGGUGUUUGCUGUUCGCAUCAGAGAGAUCAAAGGUGUGAGCCUCAAAGUAAUGAAGUCCAUUCAGAUGUUAAGGCUGAGGAAGAUCUUUAGCGGCACCUUUGUGAAAGUCAGCAAGACUUCUAUUAAAAUGCUUCAGACAGUGGAACCGUACGUUGCGUGGGGAUAUCCCAACUUGAAAUCAGUCCGUGAGCUUAUAUUGAAAAGAGGUCUGGUAAAGAUUGGCAAGAAAAGGAUUCCUCUGACCGACAAUACACUCAUCGAGCAGCAUCUUGGACAAUAUGGCAUAAUCUGUUUGGAGGACCUUAUUCACGAGAUCUAUUCUGCUGGGAAGAACUUCAAGGUGGUAAACAAUUUACUGUAUCCGUUCCGUUUGUCAGUACCAAGACACGCUGCUAAAGACAAAGUUGGACUGCUGAAAGAUGUUGGUGUUCCUGGACCCAGAGCAGAAGACAUAAACUCAGUCAUCAGGAAACUCAACUGAGCUAAUAGACUUUCAUGGACUGCUGUUGUCACCUUCCUUCAGAUUACCCCAGCAAAAAUUAUAAAGGAAAAAAUUAUAAACCAUUACAAUGGAAUGUUCAGUUUAAUUGGACAUUCCCUGAUAAUUUUGUUCUCGACCAUGGCAUAGAUGACAUAACAUUUGGGGAAACAUGCAUGGCAGUGUUUCUGUGUAAAACAAAUCUUUAUUUCCUUGUCUGUAAAGUUUUUUUCCUUGACAUUUUUAAUAAACUGCAAAAUUUCA